AACGAUGGCCUACCUCCUACACGGGUACGGUGACGGCGACUGAAUGGGGAAGAAAGCAGAGAAAGAGAGAUGGAGGAGAUCGGAGGCAGCAACGGUGGUAGCAACGCCCACUGGUGGUGGGCUUUGGCCGGUGCCACGCAGUUCGGUUGGGGUAUCGCCUCUUUCCGGCGAGGAUUUAUCGGCAAUUCCAGGAUCAUGCCCCUUAAGGCCUUCGCCGUUGCUUCGCUUUUCGUCGGGGCCGGCGCCUCGUCUGCCAUCGCUUCCCUCAAGGCCUCUGGCAUCCACAAGGUGGAAGAUAUGAUGGAAGUAGGGGCCAGUAUCAGGAGUGGAUUGGGGAUUCGUCGAAGGGCACAAGAUGAAUGAUGAAUGAUUGUGUAUGGCAGCUUGUGUUAUUUUAUUCUGUGGAUAACUGCGAACAUCUUCACUUUCACUUUCACUUUCACUUUCACUUUCAGGAAUGCAUAUACUCACCAACACGAGUCAACUAAAGUCUCUCCAUAGCACAGACUCUGCACUUUCUUCAAUGGUGAAAGUCACGAAGGAUUAGAUUCCUUUUUUCCCCCUUUAUCAACACCCUUAGUUAUUUUGUUGUGUAGCAAUGAAAUCAGAUCACUGAUUAAGGGCUCAAGGGCUUAGAAAGUCAUUCCAUAUUGUCCUUAUUUUACUUGACUGCUUACUUAUAGAUGUCCACAACCUUCUUAAAGGCACAAUUUCUUUAUUUAUUUAGUUAAAAUUCUCUUUGCUGA